AUGCCAAUACUGAUUGGUCUGAUUCUAACAAGGGUGAUGUUUACGGUAGCCUUGCCGUUAGAGAAAGAGUCAGAUCACCAAGGAGGGACCGGUCUUUUGGACUACAGUUUCCAAAAUUUCACUGUGGAAAUGCAGAGCCAGCCAUUUCCUGAAUGGCUCAACAGAUUUACUGGGUUAACCGAAUGGCCAGGUUUGGACCCUCCAUACAUUCCUCUGGAUUUCAUCGAUUUGUCUAAGGUAAGCGGAGUUCCGCUGAGAAAGCCUGGAGAGUGUACAGACCGCACUAUUUGCUCUUUCGACUGCCAUAAGUGCAUAAGUUUUGACGAGGUGUACACAUGUCCACGACUGUCACAAACCUUUGACGAUGGACCAUCGCCUUCUACGCCAAAGCUCUUAUCCCAAUUACGUCAGAAAACCACCUUCUUUACACUUGGGGUGAACGUGGUGAAGUAUCCCGAAAUUUACAGGCAGAUGAAAGCGGCUGGCCAUUUGCUGGCAUCACACACUUGGUCCCACAAGUUUCUGCCUAGCAUGACCAAUGAGCAGAUAAUCGCCCAAUUCGAGUGGUCAAUCUGGGCUAUGAAUGCCACCGGAAAUCACCUGCCCAAAUGGUACAGACCACCUUAUGGGGGAAUAGAUAACCGUGUGAGAGAUAUAGCACGUCAAUUUGGAAUGCAGGCGGUGCUUUGGGACCACGAUACUUUCGAUUGGCAGCUGGAAACAACCCCACCGGGACGUACCAAAAGCGUCGUAUACAACGAUGUCAAGAAAUGGAAAGCCGCUAAUGCUGGUGGGAUUAUUCUUGAACAUGACGCAUAUGCGUCAACGGUAGACGCCGGAAUUGAGAUUGGAAAGAUAAUCGGGCCCAAUCAGAUGACCGUUGCUGAAUGUGUUGGUGGGAAUAACUACAUCAAGGUGUUUGGAUAG